AUGGUUCUUCUUCACGGGCGUCUCUUUUCCAGGCCACCAAUUCUUCUACAUUUUUCAAAGUUCCGCUUCCCUUGCACGCCGACUUACGCCCUGUGUAAAUCCCAUAUCUUGAUAUUCCCCUAUUCUUCUGAUUCAGCUCGCUCAAACUCGCGUAAUGAUCCCGAUUACUUGGACCAUCUUCUUCAACAAUGCAUCAAUUGUAGGAAUGAUUUUAGUUACGAGAAACCAGUUAAACAAAUACACGCACAACUAUUAAUUACAGCUUCAUUGUUCUCCGCUUUCUUAUCUGCUCGACUCAUUACUGUUUAUUCCAAGAUAAGUCUUUUGAAUGAAGCCCGAAAAGUAUUCAGUACCGGGCCAGAAGGUUGCUUUUCUAAUUCACUAUUUUGGAACUCAAUUUUGCGUGCUAAUAUUUCGGUUUUUGAAUACAGUGAGACUCUUGAAUUGUACCUUCGGAUGCGUGCACUUGGUUUUCAGCCUGAUGGGUUUGGUUUUCCGUUGAUUAUAAGGGCCUGUGCGAUGAAGGGUGAUGUUAUGUUAUGUAAAAUUGUUCAUUGUCAUGUUUUGGAAAUGGGUUUUGGAAAUGUCCUGCAUGUUUGUAAUGAACUGUUGGGAAUGUAUGGGAAGAUUGGGCUGAUGGAGAAUAGUUGUCAAGUGUUUGAUAGAAUGCCUGUGAGGUCUCAUGUUUCUUGGAACACCAUGGUCUCGGGUUUUGCGAGUAAUUAUGAUUGUGAUCAGGCAUUUUGGAUGUUUACAAGGAUGAAGAAUGAAGGAAUGGAGCCUAACUCUGUGACAUGGACUUCAAUGCUCUCUAGUUUUGCUAGGUGCGGGUUUGAGGAUAAGACGUGGAAAUUUUACGUUUUGAUGAGACAGAAAGGGGUUAAUGCUACUGCUGAAUCGCUUGCUGUUGUUAUAUCAGUCUGUGCUGACAGUGGCUUCGAAGGGUUUCAGAAAGGUGAAAUUGUUCAUGGGUAUGUGAUGACUGGUGGUUUUGACAAAUACGUGUUUGUGAGGAACUCUCUUAUACAUAUGUAUGGGAAAAAUGGUGUUGUAGAAGAAGCAGAAUAUUUGCUUGCUGGAUUGGAGUCGAAGAGUAUUGUGAGCUGGAACGCAUUGAUAUCUUCCUAUGCUGAGUCCGGAUUGUGUGACGAGGCUUUCUCAGUGUUUUUGCGGUUGGAAAAUGGAGAUAUAUGUUCAAUGGGAAGGCCAAAUGUGGUGAGAGGUGGGAGGAUUCUGCAAGGCGGAAAUCCUUUGCAGGCUUCAGGACAGACGGACCUUAGCUAUCUUGUGAAGUCCGUAUGUGGAUCCGAUCAAAGUAACCUGGAAAGCAGACUGCUCAAGAUAGCAGCGUGUUCAUGGCAUCAGCAAGAUACACUUAAAAAGAGCGUUGGCAAUCUCAUCAUCUGUUCUAAUGCUGCUAAAUUUCUCCAUUUUGCAUUUCUCAAGGUUGAUCUCUCCGCCAAGGAUGGAAAGUUUGACAAAUUGGGAUUCUUUUUGAAAUUGGAUCAAGCGGUAGAAUCAGAAUACUAG